UAAAUUUCUAAAUAAUAUAUAUUAUUUUAUAUUAUAUAAUUAUAUAAUAUUGAAUUCAUAUAUAUAUAUAUAAUUGUAUAAAAUAGUUGUUUACUUGCAAUUAAUCACGAUAGCCUAUUAAUAAAUAAAAAAUCUUCAAGAAGAAAACAACACAUAAACUGUAUGAAAUGAGCACAUAUUUCGUUCCAGUCAGUGCGACUCUCAUAUUCCAAUAUGCUGCUAAUUGUUCAGACAGAAAAAGAGCUGACCGUGUCUGUUGAAAAAGGUUGGUCUAGUUAUUUCACCUAAUUUUUCCACCCUCAUAACAAUGCAUGCAUUGUGGGCUGUUUGAAUUCUAUAGGCCCCCAGAAACAAUUGGGUCGCUGAACUGCCACUAUUUAGGGGGCUUUACCUUUGUCAACAGUGCAAAAUGCCUCAGGGGGCCAGUAUGUUCCUGCUCACCUCUUCAACAAUGAACUCAAAUGUUUUCCCUGGUGCAGAGUUUGGUGCAGUGGGGGGGGAGGACUCGGUUUGACAGUGAGUUGUCUGAUCUCGGAGAUGGGCUCACGUGGAGCAGAGGACCUUGGGCGUACGGCUGAGGCCCUGUGCUUGGAGGUCAGGCCCCUGCAGAGGGCCCCUCUUGGAGUCAGACUAGCCCACAGGAAAGCGUUCAGUCUGGACUAUAUGGACACCCAUCGAGAGGCUCACUACAGGGGGCUAUACUCCUCACGAGGAUACUCUCAUCUGCUUUUCCCAGACUGUGAUCUCCACACUGGACAAACGCUGAGGUCCACAGCCAGCCAGCAGGCCUCCACUUCCCAAUGCCAUAGGACAAGCCCUCCUGCUCAGCCUCCCUAUAGUAGGGCUAUGAUGCUUUCGAGGAGGUCCGAUGUUGAACCUGUUAGGUCGGAUAUUAUUAGAGGCUCUCGUGAGGAUCAGGAAGCAGGCGGAUCCUUCAACCACAGAGCUCCUCUGAUGUCUCUCAGCAGCUCUGAGGAGGAACAAGAGUUUGGAGAGCAGGCUGGCAGAGCUCCAGCAGGGCUCAGCGUGACUUCAUCCCUGCUUACACCUACUCCCACUGAGGAACGCAGGCUGAGCAAGAGAGAGAGAAAACGACUGAAGAGCCUGAGGAGGAGACAGAGGAGGAGAGAGCGCUGCAGACAGAGCCAGCAGCAGGAGAACGUGCAGAGCUCUACAGGGAACCCAUCUAGCAGCAGUGAGGAUGAGGAGCUGCCCAGCCGGGAUCGUGAAGGCUAUAUCUGUGCUGUGUGUCUGGAUGUCUACUUCAGUCCAUACAUGUGCCAUCCCUGCAGCCACGUCUUCUGUGAGCCAUGUCUGCGGACACUGGCCAAGAACUGCCCCACCAACACACCCUGUCCAUUGUGCAGAACCACCAUAACACAUGUUUUCUUCCAGAAAGAACUGAACCAUACAGCUCGUACGUUCUUCCCGAAGGAAUACCUGUCUCGGAAGCAGAAUUUCCAAAAAGCGAGCUGUGCAAAAUGGCCUCUUCCAAGCUGCCGUAAACUGUUUCGCAUUUUUGGAGGCUUUCAAAGGCAGGCAAGUCCAAUUGGCAGACGCCAGUUCCCUCACGGGGGCUACAGGCUUGAUUCCUUCAACUUUGAGGAUGAUUCGCAUGGUUGGCGAUUUGACAUGGACAUGGUGAUCAUCUAUAUAUACUCCGUCAACUGGGUCAUUGGCUUCAUUAUCUUCUGCUUCUUCUGCUAUUUUUUCUUCCUCUCUUUUUAAAGAGAAGGCACGGGAAGCUGUAUGCAGUGUUUCUGAUCUUUUAGGACAAUACAGAAGCCGGCAACAAAAGGAAUCAGGUGGACUAUGUAAAUGCCAACUGAUCACAGAGCGAAAUGAAUCCAUGCUAAAAUUCAAAAGCUUGAUGAUCUGUUUACCGCAAAGAUGAAUGGUGAUUUUUUGAGUUUGUGGUUUGCCUAAUUUCUGUUUGCUUUUAAACAGAAUUUUGGCUAACUGUGUGCAGCUUUGUAUGGAUAAUCACAUGAGUGGACUCAUGUCACUACAAUUCACUAUUCAUUUCACUACAAGUUGUAUUCACUUGCUUUAUAUUCAGUGUGAAUACGUUUGUGAAGGGUUUUCUCUUACAGCUAGUUUCCAAAAUGCAGUGCUCAGGUUUGUAAACUAAACUAUCCAUAUCAGCUUCUAAACCAUCCAUAGAAUAUGCAGAGAAUAAUAACCUCUCAUUCAAAGCCUUUCUUGUUUGUUUUACAGUAAUGUUCAAUUGGCCAUAGGUUCUUUGUGCGGUCUCAAUAACUAAUGCUCAAUUUAUUGUCUUAGAUAUGUAAUUAGACCACUAUUAUGUCAAAUAGUGCUCAAAUUUGGCAAUCCGAAAUAACUUUUUAAAACCAUAUAAAAUGUUUUAAUCUCUGCACAUGAUGAGUGAACAAUUUCUUAUUCGUUGGCUAAAGUUACUAAGGACUGUUUGCUGUUAGCAUGAAUUGCUAUUGUCUCCUGGCCACAGAUACUUUCAGAGAAAAAUGAUUGAUGUUAUUAUUAAGUUAUAUUCAGUAUAUAGAUUUUAUAUCCAA